CGGCCGUCCGCGUCCCUGGCCCCGUGCUGCGCCACGGGGUCCCGAGGGCCUGGCUGGGGAGCCGCGCCCACGCCGUGCUCUCCCCGCGUUGCGCGGCGGGGCCGCCGCGAGGGGCGCGGGCAGGGUCCGCGCACAGCCGGCCGGCUCGGAGUUCGGCUCCCGCUCGUCCUGCAGUGUCCGCGUAGCUGUCGUGCGGGGCCCGGCUGGAGGAGAGCGCUCCGUUCUCCCCACUCGCUGGACGGACCCCAAACUCACGUGCAACGAGAUGCUCCUCAGGAAGAAAGAGGCCAUGUGUUUCCAAGCCAGGGCGCUCCCUCUGCCUGCAGUCUCCUGAGACUCCUGCCGGCCUCGGGUUGGAGAAGCUGCCCCGUCCCCACUGGGUGAAGCCAGGACCUCAGAAAUGACCGAGUCCUAUGUGAAGAAGCUGUCCUAUCCCCUGCUGGAGGCUGUCACGGACAAGGACCCCGCUGUGCAGGAGCAGGUGUGCAGGGCCCUGUGCUCCCUUGGGGAGGUGCGGCCGGGGGAGAUGCUGCGUGCCUGUGAGGAGUUCCUGCGGCACCGGGACAAGUUGGCGCACCCAUACCGCGCGAUGGUCCUGAGGGCUAUGGAGACGGUCCUGAGCAGUCACACCUGCAGGCUGGACAAGGACACGGCCAGCGCUGUCCUCCUCCUGGCCUCCAGCGAGAUGACCAAGACCAAGGAGCUGUUCUCUGAGUGGCAGCAGGCGGCGAGCAGUGUGCUGGUGGCCGUGGGGAAGCACUGCAUCAACCCCGUGAUGGAGGAGCUGCUGAGCCAGUUCCAGCCGGGGGUCCUGCCGCACCCCCUCGUGCUGCAGACGCUGGCCGGCCUCGCAGUGUCCAACGUGUUCGGCACCGUCCCUUUCCUGCCGUCCGUGCUGAGCACCAUGCUGCCCAUGCUGGGGAUGGCCAGGCAGGACACCAUGCGGGCUGUGCUCUGCUGCGCCCUGCAGCGCUUCAGCGAGAGUGCCCUGGAAUACCUUGCCAACCUGGACCAGGCCCCAGACCCCACGGUCAGGAAGGACACCUUCGCCGCUGACCUCUCCAGUGCCUAUGACAUUCUCUUCCACCACUGGCUGCAGAGUCGAGAAGCCAAGCUCCGGCUCGCGGUGGUAGAGGCUCUGGGGCCCAUGAGCCACCUGCUGCCCGGGGAUAAGCUGGAGGAGCAACUCCCCAAACUCCUGCCUGGGGUCCUCGCCCUCUACAAGAAGCAUGCAGAAGCUUUCCACGUGUCCAAGAGCCUGGGCCAGAUCCUAGAGGCGGCCGUGAGUGUGGGCAGCCGCACACUGGAGGUCCAGCUCGACACCCUCCUGGCUGCUCUGCACGCACAGAUCUGUGUGCCCGUGGAGUCCUCCAGCCCCCUGGUGCAGAGCAACCAGAAGGAGGUGCUGCGCUGCUUCACUGUGCUGGCCUGCUGCUCGCCUGACCGCCUGCUGGCCUUCCUGCUGCCUAAGCUGGACACCAACAACGAGAGGCUCCGUGUGGGCAGUCUGCAGAUCCUGAGGCACGUCAUCAACUCGGCGGCUGCUCAGAUGGAAGCUAACAAGCUGUUCAUUCUCUCUUCCAUGAGGCUCCCUCUUCUUGACACCAACAACAAGGUGAAGCGGGCUGUGGUGCAGGUGAUCAGCGCCAUGGCCCACCACGGCUACCUGGAGCAGCCUGGAGGCGAGGCAAUGAUUGAGUACAUCGUGCAGCAGUGCGCUCUGCCCCCCGAGCAGGAGCUGGACCCUGGCUCUGCGGAUGCCCCGGCCGACAGUGUGCGGGCAGUCAGCGUGCGCACCCUCUACCUGGUCAGCACCACCGUGGACAGGAUGAGCGACGUUCUCUGGCCGCACCUGCUCCAGUUCCUCACCCCUGUCCGCUUCACCGGGGCCCUGACUCCCCUCUGCAGAAGCCUUGUGCAUCUGGCCCUGAAGAGGCAGGAGGCGGGGGCCGAUGCCUUCCUCAUCCAGUUCGAUGCCCACGUGAACCUCCCGUCUCCCUAUGCCAUCACCACGAGACUCCUGGCUGUGUCUUGCAACCCCUACCUGGGGGAUGGGCGUGGGGUGGCCUCACUGCGCCUCCUGCACGUGCUGCACCCCAACAUCCACCCUCUGCUGGGUCAGUACUGGGAGAGUGCCGUGCCCCUGCUGCUGAAGCACCUGGACGAACACACGGAGGAGACUCUGUCCCCGAAGGAGUGGGAGGCGAGGCUGCUGAUGUUUCUGCAGGACACUCUGGCUGUUGUUUCUGACAACACGUGGAUUUGCCAGCUGAGCCUGGAGAUGUGCAAACAGCUGCCCUGCUACAAUGGUGCGCCCCGGGAGAAGAACUUCUUGUAUAAGUGCAUAGGAGCCACCCUGCGUGCUGCUUCAAGUAGGGAGGUGGUGAGGAAGCACCUGCGUGAGCUGCUGGAGACGGCCAGAUACCAGGAGGAGGCAGAGCACGAGGGCCUCGCCUGUUGCUUUGGAAUCUGUGCCGUUUCCCACCUCGAGGACACCCUGGCCCAGCUGGAGGACUUCGUCAGGUCGGAUAUGUCUCGGAAGUCCAUCGGCAUUUUCAACAUAUUUAAGGAUCGAAGCGAGAGUGAGGCGGACAGGGUGAGGAGUGCGCUGGUGCUGUGCUACGGGCACGUGGCCUCGCAGGCCCCCCGUGAGCUGCUGCUGGCCAAGGUGGAGUCCGACAUCCUCCGGAACAUGUUCCAGGUCUUCAGCACCAAGGUUCUGGGAAUAAAGAUAGAGAGCAAGGACCCCACCCUGAAGCAGUGCCUGGUCCAGGGCCUGUGCAUGGUGAGCCAGGCUAUUCACAGCAGCGUGCAGGCCGACAGCUUCCAGUUCUCCAAAAAGGCAGAGCUGGUGGCGCAGCUGAUGGAGUUCAUCAGGGCAGAGCCCCCAGACUCCCUGAGAACACCCAUUCGGAACACAGCCAUGCUUACCUGUGCCUGCCUGGUCUCCCUGGAGCCGGCACUGGAGGAGCAGGCUCAGGCAGACGUGGUCCACGGCUGCCUGCACAGUGUCAUGGCCCUGCCGCCGGAGCCCCAGGAGGAGGGUGCUGACUGCCAGGAGCUCCUGUAUCUGGACACCAUGCGUGCCCUGGAGAACUUGCUGACGAGCCUGCUGCGGAGAAACAUGACGCCCCAGGGCCUGCAGGUCAUGGUCGAGCACCUGAGCCCGUGGAUCAAGUCCCCGAGGGCCCAUGAGCGGGCACGUGCACUCACCCUGAGCGCCAGCCUGCUGCGCUACUUCCUGGAGCACCUGCGUGUCAGCGCCUUGGUGCCCUUCCACAACCUGGGCCUCCUUGUCGGCCUCUUCUCGCCACGAUGCGCAGACCUGUGGCCUGCCAGCCGCCAGGAGGCUGUGGACUGCGUGCACUCCCUGCUCUAUCUCCAGCUGGCCUAUGAGGGCUUCUCUCGAGACCACCAGGAUGACGUGGCGGAGCAGCUCCCCCCACUCAAAGACGGCCUUGUGCACCCAGACCCUGCCACCCUCUUCCACAGCUGCCACAGCAUAGCCCAGAUCAUUGCCAAGCGCCUCCCGCCAGACCAGCUCAUCAGCCUCUUGCUGACCAUGUUCGAGGGCCUGGGAGACCCGGACAAGAACUGCUCUCGAGCCGCCACGGUCAUGAUCAACUGCCUGCUGCAGGAGCGGGGCAGCGCGCUGUUGGAGAAGGUCCCCGAGAUCGUGAGCGUGCUGCGUUGCAAGCUGCGGGAGACGCAGGAGGAGCACGUCCUGCCGGCCGCCCAGCACAGCGUGUACCUGCUGGCCACCCAGCACUGCGCCGCCGUGGUGUCCAGCCUCCUGGGCAGCCCCUUGCCCUUUGACAGCCACACGUGUGCCUUGUGGCGGGCACUGGCUGUGGAGGCCAGCCUCAGCGCCCAGGUCCUGAGACUGCUCCUGGACAAGAUGAGCAAGGACGUGCCCUUCAAGGAGAGCCGGACCUUCCUGCCAGGCACCGCCCCUGACCGUGUGGCCACACUGCUGCCCCUUGCGGCCACCUGCGCGCUCCGUGAGGUCGUGUCCGCCCCAGCGUCAGCGCCCGCGGUGCUGGAGCUCUACCCACAGCUGUUUGCGGCCCUCCUGCUGCGGGUCAGCAGCACCGUGGGUGUCCAGCUGCCUCGGAACCUGCAGGCCAAGGAGAGGAGGGGCGCCGGCACGGCUCCAGGGAGCCUCGAGCCCUGCAGCUCUGCGGUGGACGCCCUGCGGGCCGUGCUGCUCCGAGCGGGCAGCGAGGACGUGGAGCAGUGUGUGGAGCUGGAGGGAGGCUGGGCGCUGCUCAGCGCUUCCGCAGGGCACGAGGAGGGGGUCACCCGGCUGGCCAGUGCCAUGGCCAAGCACGCAGGCCCCCGGCUGCCCCUGGUGAUGAAGUCCCUGGCAUGCAUGCAGGGCAGCCUGUACGAGGUGCAGCGGGUCACCUCCACCGCCUUCCUGGCCGAGCUGCUGAGGAGCAGCGUGGCGGACGACCUGACGCUCCUCGAGUCGCUGCUGGACAGCCUGGCAGCCCGGCAGCAGGACCCCUGUGCCGGUGUGCGGCGGCUGGUGCUCCGCGGGAUGUCCAACGUCGCCUCGGGCUCCCCUGACAAGGUGCGGGCUCACGGCCCCCAGCUGCUCACAGCCAUGGUCGGCGGGCUGGACGACGGGGACCACGCACACAGCCCGGUUGCCCUGGAGGCCAUGGCGGGCCUGGCGCGGCUGGUGGAGCUGGUGGAGGCGCGGGAGCUGCGCGCCGUGCUGCUGCACGUGGCCAUCCGGACCCGGCCCUUCUUCGACAGCGACAAGACGGAGUUCCGGACCGCGUCCAUCCGCCUUUUCGGCCACCUCAAUAAGGCGUGCCACGGGGCCUGCGAGGACGUCUUCCUGGACCAGGUGGUGGGUGGGCUGGCGCCCCUCCUGCUGCACCUGCAGGACCCUCAAGCCCCGGUGGCUGGUGCCUGCAGGUUCGCUCUGCGCAUGUGCGCCCGCAACCUGGAGUGCGAGGAGCUGGAGAACGUCUUCCGGCAGCACCUGCAGGAGGGGCGCGGCCUGCACUUCGGGGAGUUCCUCAACGCCGCCUGCCGGCCCCUGAUGCGCGGCUUCCCGGACCUGCUGGGUCGCCUGGUGAGCACGAGCCUGUUCUACUUCAAGAGCAGCUGGGAGGGCGUGCGCGCUGCAGCCCCGAUGUUCACAGGGUUCCUGGUGCUGCACGCCGAGCGCGAGUACCUCCCGCAGGUGGACCUGGAGCAGCUCCUGGCGGCGCUGCGGCUGCUGCUCCAGGACCCUGCCCCCCGCGUGCGGGCGAGCGCCGCCGAGACGCUGGGCCGCCUGGGGAAGUUCGCCUGAGCCCGGGCACCGCGCGAGCGCGCGCUGUGCCCACCCUGUUCUGCAAUAAAGCGCUGCCCUCGGCGGGUGA